UCGACUUGCUUAUGAACAGAAUUUCGACAAAAAAAAGCAUUGUAGCUUGCUGUUUGGAUAUUAAAUAUGACCUUCACCUAUACAGUAUACAUAAACUGUAUUAUAAACAAGAAUCAGCUCAAUAAAUAAGUUGUGCUUGUUUGAUAACGUAGUUUUACCGAGAGUGAUUCAGUAAAUAAAAAAAUGUUUUCGCUACACAGUAAAAUGAGAGGAUAUAGUUAUUUUGUGGCCAUAUUAUGUAUAAUAGUUUUAGUAAAUUGUGAUGAAAUUGAAGAUAAGUGUAAUUUUUUAGACAGUAAGCUCCAACCAAACACCUUUAGACUUCUUAGUAAAUCCAUUAUUCCCACAAUGGCCGGAUCUGUAAAAGGAGACGCCGGAAAAAUAGGAGUUAUUGGCGGCUCAAUAGAAUACACGGGUGCACCGUACUUUUCCGCAAUAACUUCCAUGAAGGUUGGAGCAGACUUGGCGUAUGUUAUUACCACCGAAAGCGCAGCAACUGUCAUCAAAAAUUAUAGUCCUGAUUUAAUCGUCUAUCCAUAUUUAAAUACAAAGUAUGCGUCGAAAAUAAGAUCUCUAAUUCCGAAAAUGGAUGUCAUCGUUAUUGGUCCUGGCUUAGGCCGAGAACCUGAAACAGUACACCUAAUUACUGACAUCAUACAAGAUUGCAAAAACUUGGGGAAGCCCUUAGUUAUAGAUGCCGACGGACUUUACGUAGUCAGUAAAAAUACAUCUGUAAUAAAAAAUUAUCCAUGUCCUGGAGUAGUACUGACACCAAAUCUACGCGAAGCUAACAGGUUGAUGGAUGCGGUAUCAAAAAAUGAUAGCAACUGGUACAGCUACUGGGGCGAUUGUGUAGCUGUUCUUGUAAAGGGUGAAAAGGACCAUUUCAACACUAACAUGACUGUCUACAGUUGGAUAGCAACCGGAGGAGGUUCGGGCCGUCGAGUUGGAGGACAAGGUGACAUAUUAUCCGGAGCCUUAGCAACGUUCUAUCAUUGGGCUUUAAAAACAGAACUUUGUAAAAAUGAAAGUCAAGCUCAGCUCGCCCAAAGUGUUGCUGCAUAUGCGGCUGCCAAGAUUACAAGACUAUGCAAUUACAAAGCUUCCUUAGAAUAUGGACAAUCAACGUUGGCGUCAGAUAUGAUUACUAAAAUCCAUUUAGCCCUACAGUCAGCUUUUACAUAACAAUAAAAAUGUAUAUUUGAAA